GAGAAAAAACGAAAAACACCAACUUCCGAUUACAUCUACGAUGGUGCUUCUGAGAUCCCUUUACCGAGCCGCUACGGCGGCCUCCGUCGCUACUCUCCGAUCUUCGAGAUCGGCCACCACUAACCAUCUGUUGCGCAAUCGUUUCCUCGCCACGAGAGGAUUCUUCGCUGUUUCUUCUUCUUCUCCUUCCAAUCGAACUCCUUUUGAUUUGCGGUAUCCUCGUGCAAUGGAUAUUGGACAAGUGCGAAAUUUUAGCGAAGAUGUAUCUCACAUGCCUAAAAUGGAAGACUCUGAUGUUCUGAAUGCAUUCAAAGACUUGAUGGCUGCAGAUUGGGCACAGCUUCCUUCUUCUGUUGUUGGGGAUGCCAAAAACGCGAUAUCGAAAAACACUGAUGACAAGGCAGGGCAAGAGGCUUUGAAAAACGUGUUCCGAGCAGCGGAAGCUGUGGAGGAAUUCGGUGGGAUUCUCACUUCUUUGAAGAUGGAAAUCGAUGAUAGCAUUGGAAUGAGUGGCGAGGGUGUGAAGGCCUUACCAAGUGAUAUUACCGAAGCGUUGCGUACUGCUUAUCAGAGAUAUGCUGACUAUCUAGAUUCCUUUGAACCUGAAGAAGUUUACUUGAAGAAGAAAGUUGAGAUGGAGUUGGGGACAAAGAUGAUCCACUUGAAGAUGAGAUGUAGCGGGCUUGGUUCAGAAUGGGGAAAGGUCACCGUUCUUGGAACUUCAGGACUCUCAGGAUCUUACGUGGAGCAAAGGGCAUAAAACUGAAAGACAAGAUCUUAAAUACGAGCAAAACUUGUUAUGUUGUUAUUGCGUUAUUGUGUCUUAGCACAUAAUAAAGGUCAAUCUGACCAAAAGACAUAUAAGGUGAGUUUGUUCAUUGUUUCCUCCAAACGAAGCUUUCAAAUUUAGAGCUUAACAUCAAUCGAAAAAUAAACUCACAGCUCCAACGA